AUGGAUACUGGGCAAGGAUCGCCAUCGGAUGCGCCGCUCGAUGAUACGGGCAGAGAUGAUGCAGGACAAACAGCGUUGCCUUUGUCCCGCAUUAAAACUAUCAUUGGAACGGUUCCCGAUGGUCUGCAACUCUCUCCAGAGGCGCUGUUUUGUGUGGCUAAGGGAGCUGAGUUGUUCAUGGAGCAUCUUGUAAAGAACGUCGCCAAACAGUAUGGAGAACACAUUGACUACGAUGAAGUGGCCGAAUAUGUACUUGAAAACGAUGAGCUCGAGUAUUUACAUGACUUUUUCCCUAGACGUCAAACUUACGAAGCGGCUUUAAGGCAACUCAAAGCUAGAGAAGAAGAGUAG